UCAAAUAAAGGUGCUUCACGAUGCCAUAGAAGAACCUUUUUGUCUAAAUGGUUCCAUAAAGAACCUUUAACAUCUGAAGAACCUUUCUGUUUCACAAAAGGUUCUUUGUGGCGAAUAAGGUUCUUCAGAUUAUAAAAACGUAAGCAAGAGAUGGUUCUUUAAAGAACCUAUGACUGAAUGGUUCUUUGUGGAACCAAAAAUGGUUCUUCUAUGGCAUCGCUUGAUCGUAGACCAACAGAUUUAGGGUCCUGUGCCGCUGUUAGCAGCUUCGUGAGGUCUACACCAGUCUUGAAGAGAAGUUUCUAAAAAGAAAAAAAAAAAGUCAUUGGGAAGGAAUGGAUAGACAGCACAAGGAUACAAGGAGUUGUUUCAGUUUUCAUUUCAAAAUCUAAAAGAUCUUAUUUUAAAUGACAAAAGGAUGUCUAAUCUGCCAUAUUAACCUCAAGAAAUAUAUAAUCUGUUAAAAAAGGGUGCACUAAAACCAAUAAAAGGGCUGAUUCUGAAAUACCACAUAUUUUUGUUUCUUUAAAAUAUCAUUUUCAUAACCACUCCGCUUAUAUUAAUCGACACAUUUACCAUGGCAACGUGAGAAUACGUUUGUGUCAUUUCUGCAGAAACGGAGGUAAGGAGACCGUCUUUGCUUGGAUGGCAUCAUAGUUGGACGGCACUCCGUCGAGUCAAUAGACUCCCUCCCCCUGCCAUAGAUUUGCUCUGUAAUUCAUAUGGGUAGACUGCCUCUACUCAUAAGCGUCUGACCCUACCUCCCGUCAAACUAAGUCGCUCUUUCGUCUCCCACUUAGCUGUGACAGCCAGCCUCCAAUGUGCUCAGUCAGUGGCUAUCGAGAGCGGUCGUUAUUGCACCUGCUUCGGUAGUGGUCGUUGGGUAGCAUCCAUCCGGUACGCGCGAGAAGACCCUGUGAGAGACUAAACUUUAAAGAUCCGAAGAGAUCAUUUAACGUCAUGGACGUAAGGCUGCAUCUGAAGCAAAUUGCUUUUCUGUGUUUUAUCAGCCUGCUUCUGACGCCUUGUGGAUUAGCCUGUGGUCCCGGUAGAGGUUAUGGAAAACGAAGACACCCAAAGAAAUUAACCCCGUUGGCUUACAAGCAAUUCAUUCCCAACGUUGCCGAGAAAACGCUCGGGGCCAGCGGCAAAUACGAAGGCAAAAUCACAAGGAACUCAGAGAGAUUUAAAGAGCUGAUUCCGAAUUAUAAUCCCGAUAUCAUCUUUAAAGACGAGGAAAACACAAACGCUGACAGACUGAUGACCAAGCGGUGUAAGGACAAGUUAAAUUCGUUGGCGAUAUCCGUCAUGAACCAGUGGCCAGGUGUGAAACUGCGCGUCACUGAAGGCUGGGAUGAGGAUGGUCACCAUUUCGAAGAAUCUUUGCACUACGAGGGACGAGCGGUGGACAUAACUACCUCGGACAGGGAUAAAAGCAAGUAUGGGAUGCUAUCUAGACUUGCAGUGGAGGCAGGAUUCGACUGGGUCUAUUACGAAUCCAAAGCCCAUAUACACUGCUCUGUCAAAGCAGAAAAUUCAGUGGCUGCUAAAUCAGGGGGAUGCUUUCCUGGAUCUGGCACGGUGACACUCGCAGACGGGAGGAGGAAACACAUCAAAGAUCUUAAAGUGGGCGACCGGGUUUUAGCAGCGGACGAGGAGGGAAACGUCUUAUUAAGCGACUUCAUGAUGUUCAUGGACCACGAUCCGACAACGAGAAGGCAAUUCAUCGUCAUCGAGACGUCAGAGCCUUUUACAAAGCUCACCCUCACAGCCGCGCACCUCGUCUUCGUUGGAAACGCCUCAGCUAGUUCUGGGACAACAGCAACAUUUGCCAGCAACGUGAAGCCUGGAGAUACUGUUUUAGUGUCGGAAGGUACAGGCAAGAGCCUCAAGAGCGUUAAAGUGAAGAGGAUUUACACUGAAGAGCACGAGGGCUCUUACGCGCCAGUCACCGCUCACGGAACCAUAAUAGUGGAUCGGGUGCUGGCUUCGUGUUACGCGGUUAUCGAGAGCCACAAAUGGGCGCACUGGGCUUUUGCACCGGUCAGGUUAAGUCACAAGCUGAUGACGUGGCUUUUCCCGGCUCGUGAUUCAAACGUCACUUUUCAGGAGGACGGCAUCCACUGGUACUCAAAUAUGCUGUUUCACAUCGGCUCUUGGCUUCUGGACAGAGACUCUUUCCAUCCACUCGGGAUUUCACACUUAAGUUGAGACUGCAGCUACAGUAUCACUAUGUGGGCAUCAGACUCAAACGUAUCUUUAUUUUCUGUAAGAAAAGCCUUAAAGUGUUCAUUGAAUAAUUUAUUUGUAUCGGAUCAUCUGUCUCUGGAAACACACCGAUUCAAGCAUGAUGUGACCGUUUUUGCGCAUUUUUGAGAGAUUAUACGUAAUAAGAGAAAGCAUUGAAUUUACAGGGCUGUACAGUGUGCAACCGACUGAUCUAUUUUAUUGGAUAAGCAUAGGAUGGCGCUCAAAAAUUAUAUUUUUAUACACAGAUUUGUAUAAUAGAUUUUUGACGGAUCUAAAAGUAUUUCCAGAAUCAUAUUUCGUUAUUUGAAAUAGUGCAAAGUUCAAUUUAUUUAAACAGUUGCGAUGUAUCAACGAACUGUUCAUGUCAUUAUGUCAAACAUGUCAAGUGUCAUUGUUUUGACCACUGUUUCAACGUUUGUGUAUUCACUACACUAACACUUUUUGUUUAAAUGUACAUUUCUUGACAAAAGUACUCAAAAUAAAUUCAUUGUACGCAUUGUGCAAAUUAUUCGAUGACCUUAAAGGAAAUUGAAAGGAAACAUUUUGUUAUCUACGUGGAAUA